AUGGAUAUAUCCGCCCAAACAUUCUUCUACCACCUGCCCAGAGUAUUGGAUGACCUGGCAUCCUGUUGUUUCGUAUCUAUAGACUUUGAAUUCUCUGGCAUCGCCAAAGGCCUCGGACCUUCUCCCAAGAGCAGAAGCACCUUGCAAGAGCGCUAUGAAGAAGUCAAGAAUUCCGCUGAUCAAUACCAAAUACUACAAGUUGGCCUGACUAUCUGCCAUGAGGACCCGGAGACAGAAACGUACACCUUGAAGCCGUAUAAUCUAUACUUGAGCCCAAUCAUCGAUCGGAAGCUGGAUUUAGACCGAAACUGUUCCUUCCAAAGCAGUGCCGUCGAGUUCCUCCUGGAGAACAAGUUUAGCAUGGAAGACCUGUACAAGAAUGGCGUCACCUACUUGUCGAGAGAUGAGGAAAGUCGAAUAAUGGCCAGAGUCAUGCAGAGAAAUGAACGCACGACAGCACGCAGCUCCCUGGAUGUCGCGGACCAUGAGCAUGAGUCUAUAGCCUUUCUAAAGGAUGCUCGCCGUCUUGUAGAUGAUUGGCUGGCGCUUGGUAAAGCCCGGGAGAAUCACCUUAAUAUCCCGCCACCUAGACCUAUUAAUGGACCUGCUCCACCCAAUCACCCCAAAUCUAUGCCGACAGACCUCAAUAGGUUUCAAAAGAGGCUUGUUCAUCAGCUCAUCGAAGUGGAGUAUCCGAAUUUGGUGACUGUCAGUAGGCCAGGAUUUAUACAGAUAAUUGACUACGACGAACAGCGCGAGAAGGCCGUUCGCGAUCAGAGGGUGAAAUGGGUACAAGAAAGGAUCUGGAAACAGACUGGAUUCAGAUGGAUCGCGGAGGCGCUAGCUGGGGGCGAUCUGACCAACCUCGAGCCUUUCUGCUUCAUCAAUUUGAUGUCGUCUUCGAAGGAGAACCCCCAAAGUUCCCUUCAGGACUUCUCGCGGAGGGUGAAGCAGCGUUUGCAGAAGAAUAGACCUAUUCUGGUGGGCCACAAUCUCUUCACGGACCUGAUUUACUUUUGCCGGUGCUUCUUUGGGCCUCUCCCGGACCGUGUGGAGGAUUUCCAAGCCAUGGCUCACAAAAUGUUCCCGGUGUUGAUGGAUACGAAGUAUAUGGCUACCCACAAUUGUGGCUCCAUUAAUCCCAGGUCUUCCCUACAGGAAAUCAAUGACAGCCUCGCUGCACAGCCAACACCAGCAAUAAGUAUACACCCUCAGUUUACCAAGUACAAUACGCGGGCCAUUGAUCACGAAGCCGGCUUUGAUAGUUUGCUCACUGCUCAGGUCUUCAUAAAACUUUCUGCUCAGCUCCGAGACAGGGGAACUUCUGGAAUUCCGCCAACAGUUCCAGAGACGCGUCAACCCAGUGAAAAGGCCAAGGAGCCCACGAAGCAGGUCAUCGGCGACUUCGAGGCUACUGUCGUCCUACCUAGAGGUCCCAAGUCGAACAACGUCCGUAUUAUGUUCGGCUCUAUUGAAGUUGAAAAAGUUGUCCAAGACAAUGGCGGCAAGGACGCUGGCGAGGUAACCAGAAUAUCCUUGACACCCCACGACUCUCCUGAGACACGGAAGAAAGCCGACGAGGGCCGAUUGAUUCCACGCUUAGGCGCGCAAUUCUGGGAGAUUUAUGGAAACAAAUUGCGCGUCUUCGGUACGAAUGAGAGGGUAUGCCACAUUGGCUAG